CCGGGGUACAGCCCCGGGGCCGGGGACCCCCGCCCGCCGCUCCUGUUGCUCAUCCCCGAGUUCCCAGUGCGGUGGCACCGGGGCGAGCGGCCGCCCCUUGGCUGGCCCGGGGCACAGAGCCGUGUCACGCAGUCGUGGGGCUGCCCCGAGCUUUGAGUGGGAGAAGCAGCGCGCUGAGCCCCGGGGGCAGCACGACCGGAGCCGGGAUCCAGGGAUCCAUGGCUCCGGGAGCGGCCAAGUGCAGGCGGUGCCCUCUGACCGGUGCUGGGCGGGGGGGAGAGGCACCAAACCAGGUUGGGGUCCUGCGCUGCUCGGCUCAGACAUAGCAAAGGUUGUGCUUGGAGGAGUGGAAGGCUUCGGUGAUGGGUGCUGGUCACUGGGUACCUGGCCCAUGCUGGGAAGUGGUGGACAGCCGCACUCUGCUUUCCCUGUGUUCCUGGGAUGGAGCAGGGAGUGUGAGCAGUGGUUGGGACGAAGUGUGACUUGGGAGAAAGAAAAUAGUUGUAGUGUCCAUAGAGCAACUUAAAGGGACAUGACUGCCAAUACCAGUGUCAAAAAACUUAGUUUCUGGGAAGACACUGUGAGUUUAAUUAAACUAAAUUGAGCUUCUUUGUAAGUAUUGAUUAUUUCAGUUGUGUUCCACAUAGUUCUGUAGCUGCACAGAGUUAGUCUAGUGAUAGCAUCUAUUGUUGAGGUUGUUAAGGAAUGAAAAACCUUCUCCAGGUCACACGACCGAUGCAACUGUUCUUAAACGGUGUCCUGCGUUUGGUGGGAUGGAUGACAUUAAUGUCUGGGUUCAGUAACUUUUCCAUGUUAUUACACUAGUGAAGAAGGAGUGGUGUGAGAGAAGGAUCAAUGCAGAUUCUCUGGAUCUAAAGCAGUUUGGUCUUGUCUAGUGCUAUAGCGAGGUUAUUUGAUGGGUGUUUCUACAGUAUAACCCAUCCAGCCAUGAAGAAGUCACUGGGCCACAAGGCAGUGUGCAGGUUGUCUGUCAAAAGGUGUUCUGACCCUGUGAAGAAGUUUUUCCUAUUACAGAAUUAGAAGCCAGUUUAUUCUUUCUUUAUGGUUUUUUUUUGUUUUCUUUCUGACUCAACUCUGAUGACUUUUUGUUGGAAAGCCUGAGAAAAUACACAUAAGGGUGCAGAGAGUUUUGAAAUGAAACGCCAACCCGUGAUGCAGCAGGAUUUCCUGGUGAGCUGGAGCAGGGCGGCUGACUUCAAAGGGUUGUGAUUAAUCUGAGAGGAUGUAAUUUUUACUGGCUGCUCAAUAGAGAGUGUGCAGCUGGAAUUCUAUGUUGGUGCUGCUGAUGGAUGUGGAUUUACAACAGUGGGAGUGGGUAGUGGCAACAAAGCUUUUCUGAAGCUGGGUGAACAGUUAGUGCCAGUUCUGGAGGUUCAGAGCACUUCAUCUCUAGCCCCUGUGUCCAGAGGACUGCAGCCCACGGUCUCUGGUGCUUCCUGACAUUUUACAGAGUGCUAGAGUUGACUAGUUGACUGAGGGACAGCAUUUCUGGCCAAAUGUCCACACCCAGUAUGCUGUGGUCUGAAGCUCUGAGAGCAGCUGAAACCCUGGUACUGGAGCCGUGGCUGGGUGCUCUGAGCUUGUCAGCUCCUGUCCCUGUCCUUAGCCUGCCCUUCAUGUUGUGCAGACUUGUAUGUGACUUCUGCAACUGCAGUGCACCUUUUGAGAGUUGAGAAGGUGAGAAGGUUUGUGAACAUUAUUAUAGCUCAUAUUUGGAUGCAUUGACAAAAUUUUUUCCUUGGGGUAGUCAGAAACUCAACAAGUGAAUAUUUUUGAUUUGAAAGAACAACACGUACCUCGAGUUUGUGCUGGUGACUGUGGAAUCUCUCGUUUCUUUCCCUUGGUUGCAAAGACAUGCUCUGGUACAAGUUGGCUAAAUACUGGUAAUUUAAAUAACAUUCUACUAGGCAAGUGAGCCCAUAGAAGUGUAAGGAUUCAGUGAGAGAAACGCUGAAUUGUGAUGACUUUCUAAGAAGAGUCCUUUUACUGGGAUGAGCCCAUGCCUUUACGGUAACAUUGUGGUUUGUUUUCUGGUGACAUGCACAAAAAAAAGCCUCUCACACCCUGCUGAGAAUUGCAGCGUUCCAGAUCUGUAGCUACCACAAGACAUACUGAAAGAGGCAAACUCUACUGAAGCUGUGGAGGAAUGUUAAAGCCAGAAUUCAGAUGCAGCACUGCUGAAUGGCUGACUGGCCUCUCUGGGAUCUCUCCGUGCUGCACCUUGGAGUUUUGGGAUGAGGCUCGGGCUUCCAGUGCUUGGAGUCAAACCCAGAAGGUGAUGCUGAAUCUGGUGCCAAGAUAAGGAAGUGCCUUAUCUAAAGCUGCUGUAUUGACUUCAGGACUUAAAAUGCCAGCCCACGACUGCAAGAUACUUCCUGCUUUCUUUACACUUUUGGGGAUUUACUUGUAGUCACUCUCAUUUAUCAGUGGAGCUCUGAAACUCCAAUUGCACGUUGUCAUCUCUUGCUUGCAGUGCCACUGUGUCUGCUCAUUUGGUUAAAAACAGGAGUAGAGUUGGUUUUUGUUCUUGGAGAAGAAAGGGAAAUCCUACAAAGUUUGAGUUCAUCAGCAGAUAAUUGUUUUGUUGUUUCUACCCAGGGCAUCUGGGGAUAUGCAGUAUUUUGCUUUUCUGUGCUGAUGUAGUUUUGUUGGUGUGGGUGUUCAAUAUGUGAUCAGAACACAGAAACCUAUUUCUUUGUUCCCUUAGAAAAUAAGUGGUUUAGAGAGCGUUGCUAUGACCCUCUUGCAACUUCUCAGUCUGAAAAUACACUUUCAAAAAUAAGUGUUGUUUUGUGAAGGUGCACUGUGAUUUUUUUUUUUUAAAGGCAGAACUCACCUUCAGCUUGCUGAAGGGAAGGAACUGCAGAGGGAAUCUUGUCCUUAGUUGGGAUUUUGUAGCAACUUGCUGAUUUAAUUUCUGACAUGUCCCGUUGAAAGUCUGACUGUAGGCAAUGGUUGCAGCACUUGACAGCUUGUGUGUCACUGUGAGAGAACACCCAGGAACUCGGGUGCUCUCCCUGUGGUUUGAAGGAACUGUGCUCCUGGCUUUGCCACAUUUCCUUGUUUGCAUCCCUGCAGGCAUUUUAUAGUUUGGAAAAUGCUUUUUAAUGAUAACAGUGCGCUUGAGAUAGCAGCAUGCCUCGGACAAGAGAUCCAUCAGGGCCCAAACAGUGUCACCUGUGUCCUGUUCUGAACUGUAGGUUCAACAUGAACUUGGUAAAUUUGGUAACUCUGCCUUAAUUGGAAUAUGUGAGGAGAAAAUGCCUAUUUAUAAAUGCAGAUAAUUCCAUAUGCAGUACAAGUGGUGCAGAUACAAGGCUUUUCAUGCCUUCAGGCCUGUGACUUUGGUGGGUGCUGCUCUCUGUACCCAGAGCUGGGAGCACUGGCUGGGCAAGGCUCCCAGCACCCAGUCCCUGCCCUGCUGCUCAUCCUGCCCUGCUGCUCAUCCUGCCCUGCUGCUCAUCCUGCCCUGCGGGGAAUUGGAUCUUUAGAGACACAAAAAGGUGUGGUGGGACAGGCUCUCAGCCACAGUUGUAAGCAUUAUUAGACAUGAGCGCUUGAUGUGGGAGUGUAUUGUGAGCUCCAGUCACGCAGUUCUUAAUCAUUUAUUAAUCAUUUCUUUCAGAAUUAGGAGCAGGAGGUGGAAUUCUUCAGCCUGUCCCCCUUCAGCUGAAGGGCAGGUUGUUUCAGGUGGUUCCCAAAAGUAACGUUUUACUAGAAAGCAACAUCCAGCCAACUGUGUUCUUUGCUGUGCAAGGUUUCAGCAGCAGCUAUGUUAUUUAUUCUAUAAAUAAAUCUAGUGAGUUUAUAUUCUGUAACUCUACAAAUAGCAGGCUUGUAUUAUAUUGGCAGGUUAGCUGAAUGAAAACAGCGUUGACAGAUUGUUCAGCUCAUAGGAAAAAGAUAUUUCUUUGUAGAGUUACACAGGGAUUAUCCUGUGUGUCAGAAAUGUUCCUAAAUGUCAAAUGUUUUUCUACAAUAAAAUAAUAAAAAUCAAAACAAUUAAUCUUGGAUACAUUUUUACAUACUAGAGCAUAGCAUGUGGUGGUGUUUUUUGAAACCAAAUCAAAUAACAAGCUGAGUAUCUAUUUGCUCUCCCCCACAUAAGGGUUUCUCUCUCUGCUUUUAGGGUUAUAAUCCCCAAGGACCUGGAAGAUACCAACAUGUUUGUGUUUAUAAGUGGGAAAUGAAACGUCGUUUGCAAAUGGACUGGACUUUGACAUUCAUUUCAUGAAAGAGGUUUCCAAGUAGUUGUCUUAUAAUAACUUUGAGAAGAAGUUCUAUGUAGCUCUUACUUUCAAGAGUGCUGCAAAAAUGAUUACUUCAGAUUUGCCAGUACUACAGGAUUCUACCAACGAAACUACUGCACAUUCAGAUGCUGGCAGUGAGCUUGAAGAAGCAGAAGUCAAAGGAAAAAGAAAAAGGGGCCGUCCCGGCAGGCCUCCAGUUUUCUUUGCCCAGUCUGCCACUAAGAAACCCCGGAAGUCUCCAGCGGACAAGGGGCGUGCCGACGCCGGAGCUCGAGGAGCCACUCGUGGGAGAGCCAAUGGCCACCCGCAGCAGAACGGAGAAGGGGACCCUGUCACUUUGUUUGAGGUGGUUAAGCUGGGAAAGAGUGCUAUGCAGUCUGUGGUGGACGACUGGAUUGAAUCAUAUAAACAAGACAGGGACAUAGCACUUCUGGAUUUAAUCAACUUCUUUAUCCAGUGUUCAGGAUGUCGAGGUACAGUAAGAAUUGAAAUGUUCAGGAACAUGCAAAAUGCAGAAAUCAUAAGGAAAAUGACAGAAGAAUUUGAUGAGGACAGUGGCGAUUAUCCCCUGACCAUGCCUGGGCCUCAGUGGAAGAAGUUCCGCUCCAACUUCUGCGAGUUCAUCGGGGUGCUGAUCCGGCAGUGCCAGUACAGCAUCAUCUACGACGAGUACAUGAUGGACACGGUGAUCUCGCUGCUCACCGGCCUCUCCGACUCGCAGGUCCGCGCCUUCCGGCACACCAGCACGCUGGCUGCUAUGAAGCUUAUGACUGCUCUUGUGAAUGUUGCCUUAAACCUGAGCAUUCAUCAGGACAAUACACAGAGGCAGUAUGAAGCUGAGAGAAACAAAAUGAUUGGCAAAAGAGCUAAUGAAAGAUUGGAGCUGCUGCUUCAGAAAAGAAAAGAGCUACAAGAGAACCAAGAUGAAAUCGAAAAUAUGAUGAACUCUAUUUUUAAGGGUAUAUUUGUUCAUAGAUACCGUGAUGCUAUUGCUGAGAUUAGAGCUGUCUGUAUUGAAGAAAUUGGUGUCUGGAUGAAAAUGUACAGUGAUGCCUUCCUGAAUGAUAGUUAUUUAAAAUACGUUGGUUGGACGCUACAUGACAGGCAAGGUGAAGUGAGGUUGAAGUGUUUGAAAGCUCUUCAGAGUCUGUAUACCAACAGAGAGUUGUUUCCCAAACUGGAGCUGUUCACUAAUAGAUUCAAGGACCGCAUUGUGUCCAUGACCCUGGACAAGGAGUACGACGUCGCUGUGGAAGCCAUUCGAUUGGUCACGCUCAUCCUCCAUGGGAGCGAGGAGGCUCUGUCCAAUGAAGACUGUGAGAAUGUUUAUCACCUGGUGUACUCAGCACACCGGCCUGUGGCAGUGGCAGCUGGGGAAUUCCUCCACAAAAAGCUGUUCAGCAGACAUGAUCCCCAAGCAGAAGAGGCUCUAGCAAAGAGGAGGGGUCGAAAUAGCCCAAAUGGAAACCUUAUUAGAAUGUUGGUUCUUUUCUUUCUUGAAAGUGAGUUGCAUGAACAUGCAGCCUAUUUGGUGGACAGCUUGUGGGAGAGCUCUCAAGAACUGCUGAAAGACUGGGAAUGUAUGACAGAAUUGCUCUUGGAGGAGCCAGUCCAAGGAGAAGAAGCGAUGUCGGACCGGCAGGAGAGCGCCCUGAUCGAGCUCAUGGUGUGCACCAUCCGACAGGCUGCCGAGGCACAUCCCCCCGUGGGCAGGGGCACCGGCAAGAGGGUCUUGACAGCAAAAGAAAGAAAAACUCAGAUAGAUGACAGAAAUAAAUUGACUGAGCAUUUCAUUAUUGCACUUCCCAUGCUGCUAUCAAAGUAUUCCGCUGACGCCGAGAAGGUUGCAAACCUCCUGCAGAUCCCUCAGUACUUUGAUCUGGAAAUCUACAGCACAGGCAGGAUGGAAAAGCAUCUGGAUGCCUUACUGAAACAGAUUAAGUUUGUUGUGGAAAAGCAUGUGGAAUCAGAUGUUCUGGAAGCCUGCAGCAAAACCUACAGCAUCCUCUGCAGUGAGGAAUACACCAUCCAGAACAGAGUUGACAUAGCCCACAGCCAGCUUAUUGAUGAAUUUGUGGAUCGAUUCAACCAUUCUGUGGAGGAUCUACUGCAGGAGGGAGAAGAAGCUGAUGAUGAUGACAUAUACAACGUGCUCUCCACACUGAAGAGGCUGACCUCUUUUCACAAUGCUCAUGAUCUCACCAAAUGGGAUCUGUUCAGUAACUGCUACAGAUUGCUGAGAACUGGAAUUGAACACGGAGCUAUGCCAGAACAGAUCGUUGUCCAGGCACUGCAGUGUUCCCACUACUCUAUUCUCUGGCAGCUGGUGAAAAUCACUGAGGGCUCCCCUUCCAAAGAGGACUUGUUGGUAUUGAGGAAAACUGUGAAAUCCUUCCUGGCUGUCUGCCAGCAGUGUCUAUCAAAUGUCAACACUCCAGUCAAAGAACAGGCUUUCAUGCUGCUCUGUGAUCUCCUGAUGAUUUUUAGUCACCAGCUGAUGACAGGAGGUCGAGAAGGGCUCCAGCCUUUGGUGUUCAAUCCAGACUCAGGCCUCCAGUCAGAACUGCUCAGUUUUGUGAUGGACCAUGUGUUCAUUGACCAAGAUGAUGAAAAUCAGAGCAUGGAGGGAGAUGAAGAAGAUGAAGCCAACAAAAUAGAAGCUUUACAUAAGAGAAGAAACCUUCUGGCUGCCUUUAGCAAGCUGAUAAUUUAUGACAUUGUGGACAUGCAUGCAGCAGCAGAUAUCUUCAAACACUAUAUGAAGUACUACAAUGACUAUGGAGAUAUCAUUAAGGAAACCCUGAGCAAAACCAGGCAAAUUGAUAAAAUCCAGUGUGCAAAGACACUCAUUCUCAGUUUGCAACAGCUGUUCAAUGAGCUUGUUCAGGAGCAAGGUCCCAACCUGGACAGGACAUCUGCCCAUGUCAGUGGCAUUAAGGAGCUGGCCCGGCGGUUCGCCCUCACUUUUGGCUUGGAUCAGAUCAAGACAAGAGAGGCCGUGGCCACACUACACAAAGAUGGCAUAGAAUUUGCCUUCAAAUACCAGAAUCAGAAAGGACAAGACUAUCCACCUCCUAACCUUGCUUUCCUCGAAGUGCUUAGUGAAUUUUCUUCCAAGCUCCUGCGACAGGACAAGAAGACUGUGCACACCUACUUGGAGAAGUUCCUGACAGAGCAGAUGAUGGAGAGGAGAGAGGACGUUUGGCUGCCGCUGAUCUCGUACCGGAACUCGCUGGUGACGGGCGGCGAGGACGACAGGAUGUCCGUCAACAGCGGCAGCAGCAGCAGCAAGGCCUCCUCCGUCAGGAACAAGAAGGGCCGACCCCCCCUCCACAAAAAGAGAGUGGAAGAUGAGAGCCUGGAAGGCUCCUGGCUGAACAGGAAUGAGAACAUCCAUACUCCAGGGACACUGCAGACACCUCAGCUCACCUCCACUGUCCUGAGAGAGAACACCAGACAAAUGGGAGAGCAGAUCCAGGAGCAUGAGUCGGAGCAGGGAUCUGAACAGGAUUUUUUACACAAUCCCCAGAUGCAGAUCUCGUGGCUGGGCCAGCAGAAGCUGGAGGAUCUCAAUCGAAAGGACAGGACAGGAAUGAACUACAUGAAAGGCAGAAGUGGCGUAAGGCACGCAGUACGAGGUCUAAUGGAAGAUGACGCUGAGCCCAUCUUUGAAGAUGUAAUGAUGUCCUCACGAGGCCAGCUAGAGGACAUGAAUGAAGAAUUUGAGGACACAAUGGUCAUUGAUCUGCCGCCGUCGCGGAACCGGCGCGAGCGCGCGGAGCUGCGGCCGGACUUCUUCGACUCGGCAGCGAUCAUCGAGGACGACUCAGGAUUUGGCAUGCCCAUGUUCUGAAGUCUGGCGAAGACCUUUUACAAACUUGGAACUCUAUUGUUUAGAGCUAGAGGCCUAUAUACUGUGAUAGCUUGUAUGAAAACCACAUUUUUGAUGUGAUACGGUUUGAUUUUUAACCAAAUGAUUGAGGUCAACCCCUUGGUGUAGUGACGGAGAGAAGAGGAGCUUCUUAAUGACACACGGGAAUGUUGGCCAAUCCAGUCACCUCAGAAGGGCUGACCUAAAAAAUCAUUUGUAUCCCUGUUCUUGACUGUCCUAAUACAGAUUUUUUUUUUCCUGGAUGAGGAGGAAGUUUUAAAUUGUUAAGACAGCCGUCAAAAUAAACACUGUUCUACAUAUGUUUUCUGAAAACAACAUUGAGUGAAAACAGAACUUUUUAACUUUAUUUUUCUGCUGUACAAUUUAAAACAGUUUUAACAUUUGCCUUUUUAUGUUUUCAAAGCUAGCCAUUUUUAUUAAACCUAUGCCUAUCAGCCACUGACUAGCAAGGCUGCUGUAAGCAGGUCGUUCUGGCUACGGAAAAGUGUUUUGGAACACACUGGAUUUGAUUAACAUUAUGGUACGCUUAUGUUCUCUCAUAGGCAUGGAGAAGAACACUCUCAGAGAAGAGGUUAGAAUUCUAAUGACGUGCAUCUCUGCCAAAAAAUUUCAGAUUCUGAUAUGAUAAACCCAGAUUUUAUACUCUUGAGAAGAUUUAUUUUUAUUUAUAAUGGGACAUAAAGUAAGAGAUGUCCAUGAAGCCACUUUUCCAACAGAUGCUGUGUAACAUUCAUUUUAUAUAGCACAUGGGGACACAAAAACAGUAAAUUUUCUAUUGGUACUUGCUCUGUGCAUUUUUAGCAACUUAUACCAGCAAAUAAAGUAUUCUCAGUAAAACACACAAACGGUUCUCAAGUAAUCACUUUGCUGUUUUUACUACCUACUUCAAGCCUGCCAACACAAGGUACAUAAACAGCAACUUUCCUAUUAAAAAAAAAAAUAGUUCAAGGGUGGGGGAAAGGAUCACUUUAGCAUACUAAAAGUAAUUUUAACUGUACCAUAAAACAGAGUCUACUUUCCAUGCCGUAAAUACCCUUUUCCGCUAUUUUUGUAAAUUAAUUUUGCCAGUUAGAAGUACUGUAUGUGCUGCAUAGAAAUUUGUGCUUAGAUGGUGAAGUUCUUAAGCUUACAAUGGAAUACAGCUACAUUUUCAGUGUUAACUGUGCAUAUUGAGAGUAAUUCUUUGGAAAAAAAAUACGAUUUUUCAAAAAAGCUAAAAACAUCCAAAAAAAUUCCAAAAAAACCCCAAAACAUUCAUUGUACUAAGAUAUUUUUCAAUGUCUUCAAUAAUUUGGAAUUUCAUUAUGCUUCAAUUUUAUGACUCGACGUAGUAGCUGCUCCUUACCCAGCCUGGCCUGGCACCAGCAGUGCUGGCCCUCCACAGCUCCAGAUCUCCAACAAUUGGCCCCAAAACCUUUAUCUUUCUGCACUCAGUAGCAGUUGAGAUACAAAGCAGACUGACCCACUUGGAGCACAGCAGUUUCAGAGGUGCUUUAGUUUUAGCAACUGCAGAAUAAUCACGGAGCUUUUUUUCUGUUUCGAGCUUCCUGGACACCAACCCAACCCCUCAGUGCCCAGCACGGGCAGGGAAAGAGCCCAAAUUCACCCAGCCCAGCACCUCGCCCCGCUGAGCUUGGCUCUCACAACAUGUGCAGUUCUCAGACACGGUUGCCAAAAAUGUUUGACCAGGUAAUUCAGCCAUUCCUCGGUGUGGGUUGGGGAUGUAUUGGUCCCAAGAAGUAGCUGGAACUUUAUAAACCCCGCUACCUCCCUCUGUGCACCCCCACGGCCUGGGGGCAGGAACGGCUGCAGGACCUGUCCCAGGCUCACUCUGUGAGCAUGGUGGCACAACAGAUGCUGCCCAGUUUGAGUCAGAGUCUCAGACAAACCUUGUGCUUCACAGUCCUCUGUGUGGAAAACUGAUUCCUAAUUUAACAUUGUAGAAUACUGUAUAACAAACAUUUAUUAUCAUGGUACCUGCAAUGGGUCUCCAGUUCAGUUUGCAGUCAACAGGUUUUUGUAUUAUGAGUGUCUCCUUGAUUGGUUUUGCUAGUACUUCUGUAAAUUGUACAUUUACAAUAUGAGGUUUUUUUUUUUCCUUUUGUACAAUUUAAAACUGAUGCUUCACCUUUCAUUUAAUAAACUAUACAAAAUCAUGA